CGGGCGUGCGCACUGCGUUCGAACGGCCGUCCCACUCACCCCGACCUGUCCCUUGUCCGAUCAAAAGUCGGUUCCCUGGAGCGUUGGAGGCUGGGCUGCUGGUUCCGACGGGUUGGUGUGUUCUCUGCCUUCCCCCACCCUCCGGCUCGGCUCCGCGGCGGAUGGCUGAAAGGAGGCGUAGCGAAUUGCCAGGCUGCUGCGCGUUGCUCACGUUUAGUAUGCGAGGAGCCGGAGGAAUGAGGAAGUGUGUUCAUGUUUCUCUACACUGAUUGUACAGACUAAAUACACGGAGCCAAUACACUGUCACAAUUAUUUUUCUCCCGGGCACAAAAGUUCCAACAGGUGCAUGUGAAAAGCACCAAUAACGGUAUGAGUUCAAGUAUUCUUCAGAAAGACUGGUACAAGAUUCUGGGAUCAGAUCCAUCAGACAGUCCACAGAAGUUAAAACAAAAUUAUCAGAGACUAAUCCUAUUGUAUCAUCCAGAUAAGCAGAGUGCAGAUGUGCCAGCAGGAGAACUUGAGGAACGUGCACAGAGGUUCAUCGAAGUUGAUCAGGCAUGGAAAAUACUAGGGAAUGAAGAGACAAAGAGAGAGUAUGACCUGCAGCGUCGUGAGGCAGCCCUAACACAGAAAUGGCCAGUUGAUGCUCAAGUUCCUUUGGAAGACAUGGAUUGGAUUGAAGCUGACCAAAGCUACUCCUACAGUUGCCGAUGUGGUGGUGAAUAUAUUCUUCCUGUAGAAGAGGCAGAAGAAAACUUGUUUCUCAUCUGUUGCAAUACCUGUUCCCUUAGCAUCGAGAUCUUGAACAGAAGUUGAAAUCUUUCAAUUACGCUUUUGUUUUUAAUUGUUUAUUUGGAAGAGAAUUAGGUCACAUUGUUUUCAGUAGCCACACAGAAGGAUGGGAACUAGCAACGCAAAUUGUGGGUAAAUGAACUACUCAGCUGCCUAGUCCAAUCACGUUUUAAAUGGUUCAUUCAGUCAAAUCAAAAACAGAUUGCAAGAUUCAAUACAAUGGCAGCUUAGUAAAGCCAAAUUGGUCAAUAUGUAGUUCCAUGGGACUUGCCCUGCCAAACAGAAUUAUUGGAGCAGCCAUUUAUGUUAAGUGUUUUUAAUUUAUGGAGAACAAACAAAUGUCCACAUGAACUCAUCUCGCAAAGGAGGAUCAGAAAGAGUUGAAAAGGGCUUGAGGCUCCUGUAGGCACGAGUAUUUCUGCCUGCAUCAUCCACUCCUCUUCUCAUUAAUUCCAAGGUCAAGACCAGAAUGCUGAAAUUGUGUUUAACUAUAUAUUUUGAUAUUAAUUAAAGUUUGUGAUUUUUAUUUGUGUCUUAUUCCUUUCGAAAUUUUACAUUUUAUUAAUAUAGGUUUAAGCAGCAUGCUUUCCAAAAAGAAAAUCUCAAAUUGAAUGAAAACUCACAGUAGAGCUUCCUGGUUGGAAAGUUUUUGGAUGUUCGAGCCAGGUCCUAAUUGCCAUUGAACAGGUGGAUUAAAACAAUCACAGGUUUUGUUUCAGCAUUAUUCGUAAAUUAUUAAAAUGAAGAUUGGAUCGAUUUGGUUUCAAUGUGAUGUGUUCAUGAGGUGACACUCAUCGCUGCCUUUCCCCUCACUGUGUUUCUUUGUUUUCUCUUGUUGUCCGUC